AUGUACUCAAAGACUAUCAAAUUCAAUCCACAGACGGAAAAGCUUUUGACGCUAGGAGCCGGAUGUUUCUGGGGCACUGAACACAUCUUCAGAAAGCACUUUGGCAGCAAAUUGCACGAUUGCAAAGUUGGAUAUGCCAACGGAUUGGAAUCCAAGAAGGAUAUGCCAGACUCCGUUUCUUACAAGAAAGUUUGCCAAGGCGAUUCGCAGUUUGCAGAAGUAUUGCAAAUUUCGUUUGACCCAAAAGUCGUGUCCCUAGCAGAAUUGGUGAACUUUUUCUUCAGAAUCCAUGAUCCAACCACUUUGAACUCCCAGGGCCCAGAUAUGGGAACCCAGUACCGCAGCACGAUUUACACGCAUUCCGAAGAAGAUCUGGAGGAGUGCCGUGCGCUCAAGCAAAGCUGGCAGCCCAAAUGGCACAACAAAAUCAUCACUGAGGUCGCCAUGUGCACGAACUUUUACGACGCAGAAGAGUACCACCAGCUGUAUCUGGACCACAAUCCGCAGGGCUACAGUUGUCCCACACACUAUGUGAGAGAUUUGUAG